AUGGCUGUUGCGACACUCCCCGCGGCGGGUGCUGCAUCGAUUCCCGGUAUGAACUUCGGGGGACUCACCUACGGCGACCCGAAGAGCAAAGAAUUUGAAUCGCUCGCGUCUGAAGUAGUCAACAUCAUCAAAAGCAAACUUUCGGCUCUCAACAAAGCAGAUACGUUGGCACAACUAGUUCUUACUGACAAGCUACCCGGCGGCGAGCUCACCAAGACACUGUAUAUCGACGCCCGACCCAGUGGCACACGUCUUCUUGAGUCUUUACCGGAUGGCACCGAGGUAGAAGUGACUGUGCUGAUGCGUCCUGAUAUGAUGUUCGGUUUGAUGAACGGUAAUUUGGACGUGAACAUGGUUGCCCGCGUCGGUUUUAAUGUGUCGGGCAAGACCCCUCCGAAGGGACAGUGUAUCUUGGAUCUCUUGGCCCCGAGACCUUCCACAGUCAUGGAUUACGCGAACUACACCUUCGCCGAAGAUGAGCUGCCGAAGCCGACCACCGACAUCAACGAGGUCAAGCGCAACAUCAAGAAAUUUGGAUAUGCUUUCGUCAAGGACGCAUUGACGCCCGAACAGGUUCAGAUCAUGAGACGAGCGAUUCUUGAACAAGCUGCUGGGGAGCGCCAAGCUGGUGUCGCUGAUCUCGAGGGCGGGACAAAUCAACGCCUGUGGAAUGUUCUCAACAAGGGUGACGAGUUUCUUGACAUCUUGAAUCAUCCUCUCUUUGAUGAGCUUCUCAGCUGGUUUCUGGGCGACUAUUCUUACCUGACCCAGGCUUCCGUCAACAUUUUGGGACCAAACAAUAUUCCAAUGCCUUUCCAUCGUGACCAGAUCCCUAUGAAUCCUUUUACGGACGAUCCCAUCGGCCUGAGUUUCAUGUUUUACAUGGAGGACAGCAGCAACGUCAAUGGAGCUACUCAUGUGAUUCCAGCUUCUCACAUUGGGCACGUACGCCCAUGGGAUCCCAAUAGUUUUGAUGGCUCUAUUCCGGCUGCGGCACCCGAGGGCUCGUGCCUUGUCUUCAACACCACCAUCUGGCACUCAACUGGAAUCAAUACCACCAGCCACGAGAGACCAGCCCUCAUCUACGCAUUCAGCCGGUACUUCAUGAGCUCAACUGUCAACCCUUACGUCAGCGUGAAGCAGGAAGUUCUGGACAAGCUGAGCCCGCGACAAAAGCAGCUUAUUGGCUAUGUUGUACGCCCUGCCUUCAACUGGGUUGGGAAGAAGAGGUCUCCAGGUGACGUUCUCGAGCGAUUUGAGGACGAUGUCGGUAGAGUCAGGGCAGAGUACGUGCCGAUUGGUGGAAAGGCUACUGGCAUAGCGAGUAUCUCCGAACGAACUAUCUGA